ACACCGUGUAGCCACCUUUUGUACACAUGACAAUCGCCAUUCCCAUUUCUGGCCGUUGUACUGCAAUGAAGGAGUAGUUCCUGGUGGACGUGUAUAUAAGACACUGCCAGACAUGGUGCACGCAGUUUGACUGUUACUAUUAUUUGACGUUUACUAGUAAACUUGAAACUGAUUCUUACCAGGUACACAGGUCUGACUACACAUCGUGCGACAUGCGGCGUAUCCUGUGGGUAGCCUGGGCAGCAACACUGCUCGCUCUUUCCAUCUGCAGAACAGCUUCAGCCAGUCAGGGGCCAAAGGUCAUCUCGAUAAAGGAACAACUUGAAGAUCUGACCUCAAGAUUCACUAAAUUGGAAAAGAAAGUGAAGCAGAGGCAGACUGAAACAUGGAAUAUUCAAGCUCCCAUCCAGAAAGAUGGCUGGACCUUAUGUUUUCGAGCCACUGCUGGUCUGGGAUCCCCUGUAUACGACACAUGGACGCACGUUGGUUACCAUGACGACUACAAAUACACCCGCACCAGCAUGCCCUGCGGCUGCACCGCGACAAGCGGGUCAUGUGACCGCCACUACCGCAGCUUCCUCGUGGAUGUCUGGCCCUCUAGGAACCUGGAGAAGGUGAAAGUGGCUUUAUAUGAAAAUGGCGUGGAGAAGGCUUUCAUGGAAUUCAGGGGACUGGACAGCAACUAUCUGAACUGGUUUUCGGCAGACAGGCUUCUAAACUCUUCCUGGACGGACAUCAGUGGGUCUGCUUUACCCUACUUCAGCAUUUUUGGCAUCGACGAGCCUGGACGAGUGACUCGGCGUUUCUACGUCAGCAAGGGUCACUAUGGAUGUCCAUCUGAUUUUGGUUGGAUCAGCAUCAAGGACAAAGGCCACGUAUGCACUUGGGAGACCGCAUCACACCUGCCGACAUUUUUCUACUCCAAAGCACAAACAGGAAUCACGUGGGAAACUCAAGGAUCUCUGGUCGGUCGUGCGGAUGUGCUGGCUGUGUGGCUCAAGCUUCGCAGUGAUGUAGACAUGAACAAACCCUGUUUGCCCUAAGUCUACCCCUCCCUGAACAAACCUUGUUUUCCAUAAGUCUACCCCUCCCUGAACAAACCUUGUUUUCCAUAAGUCUACCCCUCCCUGAACAAAUCCUGUUUGCCGUGUCUACCCCUCGCUUCAUUCUUGAGUUGUGUAACAAAGGGUUAACUAUAUCACACACUAGUAGGUAAUCUUGCAUGUAUUCGUUGAUGUUUUCCUUCAAUAUCAUGCCCAAAUAAAAAGUUUGAAAAAUCA